GACUCAUUCCAACGCCACUACGGGGCCUGCCUGCCUGCCUGCCUGCCUGCCUGCUUGCCUGCUUGCUUGAGCCUUGCUUGCCGGCUACCCACGCCGAUGCGCGACAGACGCCUCCCGGAGUUUAACCUCCCGCGGGAACAAUAACGCGAAAAACGGGAACAGGAGCAGGAAACAGGCACAGGAACAGGGCAGCAGCCUCACGCAAAAAUGCCAGCCAUGUCGACGCCGAUCCAACGCCCACCCCUAUUUCCGAACCUUUUGACCAUGCCCUGACUUGACCGACCUCCUUCUCGUCCCCGCACCCCAACUAUGGCGGAGGCGGAGAGUUCGUCACUCCAACGACAAAAGAACAAGGACAUGGUGCCAUGGACCCACGGGGUCAUUGGGGGCUGGCGGAUAUCGGCAACAACAGCUUAGCGGAGUUUGCUCGCAAAUUUGUCUGCCCCAGAAUUUUCUCGACGAGGACGUACAAAACCCCAAUUUCCCCAUGGCCAGACCCUCUCCAGAGGGAAGAUGCCGCUCUACUCACUUCUCUCCCUCUCGCUCCCCUCUGACACCAAUUGAAGCCAGUACUCAGUCAGGGCAACACCAGUAGCAAGCAGCAGCGAUGGGCAAGUUCUUCUUCGGCCUCACGGGCCACCACCUGGCCGUGUUGCAGAUAGCCCUCAUCGUGGCGCCGUCCUUCAUCCUGUUCGGCUACAACCAGGCCGGACUGGGCGGCCUGAUCGGCCUCAAGGACUGGGCCCGGACCUUUCCCGAAAUCGACACCAUUCACAAAAAGGACGCGGGCACGUCGACGCUCCAGGGCUUCGUCGUUGCCACCUGUGUCAUUGGCGCCUUCUUCGGCUCCCUCAUGUGCGGCUACACAGGCGACAAGUUUGGCCGCCGCCACGUCAUCGCCUUUGCCGGCCUCUGCUGCCUCGUCGGAGCCGUUCUCGAGUGCUCCGCCUUUAGCCUCGCCCAGCUGAUCGUUGGCCGCAUUAUUGUCGGCCUGGGAAUCGGCCAGCUCAGCACCAUCGUGCCCGUCUGGCAGAGCGAGACCAGCGGCGCCAAAAACCGCGGCAGGCACGUAGUGCUCGAUGGGCUCUUUAUCUGCGUCGGCUUCGUUCUCGAGAGCUGGAUCAACCUCGGUUUCUUCCAAUUCAACGAUGGCCCCGUCACUUGGCGCCCUCCCAUCGCCAUCGGUAUCAUUUUUGCCCUGACUCUCAUCGCCAGCAUUUACCUCUUCCCCGAGAGCCCUCGCUGGCUGGUGGCCAUGAACCGCAGCUCCGAGGCGCGCGAGGUGCUUGCGGCCCUGCGUGGCCUUCCCGAGGACUCGAUGGAGGUUCAGGCCGAGCUGUCGGGUAUCGAGCUCUCACUCGAGGAGACCACUGGCUCGGGGGCCAAACUGAGCGACAUGCUCGAUCCCAACAACGAGGAUAAGCUGCUGUACCGCUUCGGCCUCUGCAUCCUGCUCCAGUUUUACCAGCAAAUGUCGGGAACCAACCUCGUGUCCGUCUACGCCACCAUCCUGUUCCAGGACAACCUGGGAAUGAGCCCCGAGUUGUCGCGCGUGCUCACGGGCGGCGCCCUGACCUGGAAGUUUUUGGCCUCCUUCCUGGCUUUUAUCUGCAUCGACCGCUUCGGCCGCCGCGUCUGCUUCAUGAUCUCGGGGUGCGGAAUGGGCGCGUGCAUGAUCGCGCUAGCAAUUUCGACUUCGUUCGACGAGGGCAACCGCGCGGCCCAGAUCGCGGCCGGCUGCUUCAUCUACCUCUUCAACACCUUCGUCCCCAUCGGAUUCCUGGGCGCCAACUUUUUAUACUGCACCGAGGUCGCUCCCGUCCGCCUCCGCAUGGUUAUGUCGAGCAUUUCCACUGCCAACCACUGGCUCUGGAACUUUGUCAUUAUUAUGGUUACGCCCGUAGCCAUCUCGACCAUCGGGUGGCGCUACUACAUUGUCUUCUCCGUCAUUUGCGCCUGCAUCCCCGUCAGCGUUUACUUCCUCUACCCCGAGACCAUGGGCCGCAAUCUCGAGGAGAUUGAUUUCAUGUUCCGCGAUUCGCCCUCGGCUUGGGCCACGGUCAAAUACGCAAGGACGAGGCCAGUGGCUAUGCCCCAGGAGUUCGCCAAGAAGAACAAGACAGACCACGUCGAGGGUGUCGCCGUCAACGACGAUUCGGAUAAUACCCCCAGGGCCAGCGGUUAAAGCGAAAGGGUUUUGAAAAAGAAGCGAGUUUUAUUUAAAUGUUUGUAUAUAAAAAGUUAUUACAAUCUGCCCGACGAUACAGAAAUUAGGCCAAUGUACAAAAAGUCUUGCAGUACCUGCAUUGGGCAAAUAUUUUCUCGGUCCCAA